AUGCUUCCAAUAGUAUAAAAUUUGAUUGGAAGCUUCCAAUCCAAAUGAAUUUAUUGGAGAAUUAUGCUUCCAACCCUUCCAAAAGUGCUUCCAAGGAUGCUUCCAAUCUUCUAAGUGCAUAUCACUGCACAUAG